AUGACCGGAUAUCGAUCGUGCAAUGGCGCCCAUGACCGUAACUGCUGGCUGCGUCCGAGUAACAGCAAGGACACUCAUUACAACAUCCACACCAAGUACGAUACUCCCGGCGAUGACUUCACGCCUUAUUGGCUUGACGUGGACCUCCUGCCCAUUGCUCCAGACGGCUAUCUGAAGACUGUGGGCCAGGUCUUCAAUGGAACCUAUCCAGGACCACAUUUAGAGGGGUGCUGGGGAGAUACCUUUGUCGUGCAUGUUACCAACAAGAUUCCCAACCUCGGGACGACCAUUCAUUGGCACGGUAUUCGACAGCUGCACACCAAUCAGCACGAUGGUGUGAACGGUGUGACACAGUGUCCUAUCGCAUACGGUCAGACGUACACAUAUCGCUUCCAUGCUCAGCAAUAUGGCCAUACGUGGUACCAUAGCCACUACCAAACGCAGUACUCCGAUGGCGUUGCUGGACCUCUGACCAUCUAUGGGCCGAGUAGCAACGACUGGGACGAGACAUUUACUCCCAUCAUGAUGCAAGACUGGGUGCACGAGAACAGCUCCAUUGCGUUCAAGCAAGAACUGGCCAAGGCAAUUCCCGUGGGCGAUGGUCUGCUUCUGGGCGGCGUCAACCAAUUCAAGUGCUCGUCUCUCGAUCCCAAAUGUUGUGAUGCAUGCAACUCGGCCACAUGCGAUAUUGCCGAGGGUGAGAAUCCCGAAUACUGCUGUACGCCUGAUCCGAGCUGUUUCAAGACUGUGAACGGCGUGAAAACCAUCCUCAAAGGCUCCAAGUACAACCAAACAUUCGAGGAAGGCAAAAGAUAUCUGCUCCAGCUCAUCAAUGCAUCCUCGGAAUCCAUGUUUAUCUUUUCCAUUGACGAUCACGACUUUGAGGUGAUUGCGGCUGAUUUGGUGCCAAUCGUACCCUACAAGACCGACUCGGUAUUUGUCGCCAUCGGACAACGCUAUCAAAUCAUCGUGACUGCCAAACCCAAAAAGAAAUCUCCCCUCUGUCGAGGAGACAUUACCAGGUGUAACUACUGGAUCCGAACCCGCAUUGCUACGGGAUGUGGUACAGUCGCGCAAGGCGACGAAGAGACAGGUAUCAUUCAAUACUCUCCGAACCGAGCAGCCAACGUCUUUCCCGAGACCAUCUCCGGCAACGAUCGCGAAGCAUGCCGUGACGAGCCCACCGAGCUACUUCGACCCGUCGUGCAAUGGAACGCAUCCGACCUGCGCAACAAUCGAGAUAAUUAUACUUAUGAAGCAGGCUUCAACAAUCGGACCACGAAUGGCGCAUUUCGAUGGGAGUUGAAAGAUGAACCCAUGUUUCUCAAUUACUCCAAUCCGAGUCUUCUGAAUGUGGGAAACCCUGGUUAUUUCACAGAGGAGAUCGCACCAGCCAAUUAUACCAAUCCCGCCUGGAAUGACGGCUUCGUCUACCUCGUCAUCACCGCCAACAACGUUCUCAACGUCCCUGGAAAAAUCGGAGUGCCUGUAGCGCAUCCCAUUCAUCUCCACGGCCACGACUUUGUCAUCCUCGCCCAAAUCGACCGCGAAUGGGACGGUACCAUUCCCGUCAUGAACACCGAUAACCCCACCCGACGAGACACGGCACUAUUAUACGCAGGAGGUUAUCUCGCUUUGGCUUUUAAACUUGAUAAUCCUGGGAUUUGGCUUGUACAUUGCCACAUAGCCUGGCACGCCUCAAGUGGUCUCGCAUUGAAUAUUAUUGAAAGGCAAGAUGAAAUUGUGGGAGGUUUGAAAAUGGGUUCGUUGGAUGAGACGAGGGAGGUUUGUCGGGAGUGGGAGGAGAUGGGGUUGGAGUAUCAGCAGGAGGAUUCGGGGAUUUGAAAAGAGGGGUGCUUGGUUAGUUUUUGAGGUUGGAUGGGAGGAGGGAAGAGGGAGAAGAGAUGAAAUUGACGACAGAUUGGAUAGAUGGACAGAUUGGUAGGAGGUACGAGGGGCAAUUAG